UAUCAGCCCUCAGUGUCAUCGUCCAUUCUUGCUGUCUAUCGCCAACUCUCUUUCUCUCUUUCUCUCACUUUCUUUCUUUCUUUCUCUCUCUCGUUUCGCUUUCUCUCACCACGGUUGUGAAAUAGCUUCUUCUGUAAUUAUUUCCGAACACCCAUCCUUCCUCGUCUAACACUAUAUACCCUAUCUUUGUCUAUACUCUCACGCCCACCCUCUUCACGUUUCUCUUCUUUGUAUAUUCCUUCCCAUUCCUUUAAAAAAAAACACUACAUUUACCACCUACCACAUGACGCACCUCUCAGAUCUCUCCUACGUCCAGCGCGGAGUCUGUUCAGCUUGGUUCUAUGGCUGGUUCAUAAUCUAUGUCUUCCGCUGGGAUCGCUUUGAGGCCCUUCGCCUACGACGAAUCGCGCGCUUUGAGCUACGCAGCGUUGUAACGUUACUUAUCCUGAUCGCCUUGGCCCUUCAACUAUCCUAUGAUAUAGGCAGCGCUCGACUGAAAUAUCUCGAGGGUUUCUGGAUUAAUCCGCGGACCAAGGAGAUCCAGUCCAAGCCAGCACAGGCUUGGAGUCCGGAGGACAUGGUCCAUGUCGAGCCUCUCUACUACACUCUGGCCUGCUGUCUCGCAUUUGAGAACUCAUGCUUUUUCUUGCUCCUGGCAUUCUGGUCCUACAUCUCAAAGUCCGUUACAAAGUCGUCGUUUAUGUCGAGCUUUGAGUUCAAGGUCAACAUUGUUUGCUCCUGCAUCGUGAUCGUCCUCUUCCCAACGGUCCAGUACCUCUUCCGCAAAGACUUUGUCUACCGUGAGGUCGUUCCCCAGAUUCUGUUCAGUAUCCUGACGUUCAUCACCGGUGUUCUCGGUAUCCGAACGCAUUUUAAACUGGUUGUCCUGAUCAAGAACGCGCGCGAGAUCAUGAACGAGACUACGUUUCAUGUUCUUCAAAAGCUUGAGUACUUUAAAGACAUGAAUCUGAUCUUGACGUUCGGACUCUUUGGUACGUCCAUUCCUCUGGGGAUCAUGUCCGCGGAUGGUCUGACUUCGAACCCUGUGAUCGCGACGAACAAGUUCGCAUCCGAUUUUUUGAUUACGAACCUCAACUUUUUCGAGUUCAUCAUCUGGGUGACCUUGGUCCUCAUUUUCUAUCCUCGGAAGACCGGUACGGGCUCGCCCUUCGAUGGAGGGUCGGGCGGAUCUUCAAACAUGGUCUCGCUUUCGGCCUAUAACCGCAACUCCAGAGAUGCGCAUCUCCCUCGGUUCAACGAUGUCAUGCCUCAAGACAACGAUUUCUACUGCAAAGUCGAGCCCGUACAGGAUUUGGAGAACCCUGUUUGGUCCGUGGAUCGCUCUGCGGGUCCACGUCAUCAGCGCACGCUAAGCAAUGAGAGCAGAUAUACGACCCAUACUCCCAUCCCCCUUCCGCCUGCUGCUGUCACUGUUGCUGCAUCGACAUCCAAGUCCAAUAGCAAGCCCGAAUUGAUCUCUACUACGAUUUACUACCAGGACGGUCUCGCCAAGGCCCAGCAGGAACAACAACAGCAGCAAGAUCAGGAAUUCUACUCCAGAAGUCUUCAGAACGGUUCCCUCCCCAAUCCCAACGGUACCUCCUUGCCACACCGAUCCUUCAGCCAGAGCAGCCAUUACAGUUUGCCAACCCCCCACCAGCCCCAUCGUUCGGGCAGCCAGGCUAGCCAGCGUCCAUUGGUUCCUAAGGCAAGCAAGCGUGGUACACGAGUUGCCCAUAGUUCUAUGGAUUUCCGUCCAUCGCGAGAUUAUCCUUCGCUUGCGCAAGAGGCAUCAAAUUGGGAUCAGUCGAAUGUGUCGAGGUCACAGUCAUCUGGCAGCAGUCGUCCUCUGCGUCAGCAGCAGCAACAGCCAGUGUACCACGAUGAGACAGCGAACACCGCGCGCGCUGCUUCUGCAAUGGCGUAUCCAUAUCAGAGGACGAGCCUGGAUAGUGACCGGGAGAUCAUUCAGAUCGCGUAUGUGCGGAGCAUGAGUGAGGAUAAUAGUGCGAGCCACAGUAGUUUUUAUGAAGCUUUGGGUCGAGAAGCAACGGCUGCUAAUGCGAGUGCGGCUGCAGCGUCGAGACCCUAUUCUCCACGACACUUUUAAUAAUAAUAAUAAUAAUAAUAAUAGCCUGCGUCAAACCAGACUGUUCGAUUUAG